ACGGCGAAAGACAGGGACGCCCUGGGAGGCGGGCUAGCGCUGAGUGGCGGGAUCAGCCCUCGGAGCCGCCCCCUACCAGGGGCGUUAGGGGAGAGCAGCCUUCCAGGGCUGGGCGCUGGGAGCCUCCGCCAGUGUUUGUCAAUUUCUGUCCUGAUUGGUUUCCAGCCACCGGUCCCGGGGCUGGCUAAAGAGCAUCCCGUAGCUCAUCGCCUGGAGUUGAAAUUGGAGAUGAUUUUCGAGAACCUGGCCCUCAAGGAUAGGCACUGCUCUGGGUGACAGCUCGGUGUGGCCAGCACCUCCGCUGAGUCUUCCGAUGCUGCACUUGAGUGUGGGUCUCCGUCUCUGGGUGGACUCCAGCUGAUGGGGUGUUCACUCGGGGGUCACCACUCAACAGUGCUCUGCUCCCUUGGGGCUCAGACCUGCAUCAGCACAUCUUGGGGUGGAAGGACUAGAGCUCCUCCACGCCCUGGAGAUGGCAGCCAUUCUCCUGACCACGAGACCCAAGGUGCCAGUAUCUUUUGAGGACGUGUCUGUGUACUUCACAAAGACAGAAUGGAAGCUUCUGGACCUCAGACAAAAGGUCCUCUACAAGCGGGUGAUGCUGGAAAACUAUAGCCAUUUGGUGUCACUGGGGUUUUCCUUCUCCAAGCCUCACCUGAUCUCCCAAUUGGAGCGAGGGGAAGGACCCUGGGUAGCAGACAUCCCCAGAACCUGGGCCACCAAAGGAUUGCUCAUAGGUGACAGGACACACAGCACGACAUCAACUUCAAUGCAGAAGCAUUCUGGACGACAGCUCCCCGGGGCCGAUCCACAAGGUGGCAAGGAGGGGCAGGCAGCAAGGUCGUCUGUGCUGCAGAGAGGUGCCCAAGGGUUGAGGCCGAGCUCAGCCACAGGGUCGCAAGGCCACAAAGGUGCAGAGAAGCGGUACCUGUGCCAGCAGUGCGGGAAGGCCUUCAGCCGCAGCUCCAACCUCAUCAAGCACCUCAUCAUCCACAGUGGCGAGAAGCCCUACGCGUGCCCCGAGUGCGGCAAGCUCUUCCGCCGCAGCUUCGCGCUCCUGGAGCACCAGCGCAUCCACAGCGGCGAGAAGCCCUACGCCUGCCCCGAGUGCAGCAAGACCUUCACGCGCAGCUCCAACCUCAUCAAGCACCAGGUCAUCCACAGCGGCGAGUGGCCCUUCUCCUGCGGCGACUGCGGCAAACUGUUCCGCCGCAGCUUCGCCCUCCUGGAGCACGAGCGCGUGCACAGCGGCGAGCGGCCCUACGCGUGCCCCGAGUGCGGCAAGGCCUUCAGCCGCAGCUCCAACCUCAUCGAGCACCAGCGCACGCACCGCGGCGAGAAGCCCUACUCCUGCGGCCAGUGCGCCAAGGCCUUCAAGGGCGUCUCGCAGCUCAUCCACCACCAGCGCAGCCACAGCGGCGAGCGGCCCUUCGAGUGUGGCGAGUGCGGCAAGGCCUUCCGCGGCCGCUCGGGCCUCAGCCAGCACCGGCGCGUGCACAGCGGGGAGAAGCCCUAUGAGUGCAGUGACUGCGGCAAGGCCUUCGGCCGGCGCGCCAACCUCUUCAAGCACCAGGCAGUGCACGGCGCCAGGCGCCCAGCGAAGGCAAAAGCAGAGGCGGCGCGGCGGCGAGCGGGCUCCAGGAGCGCCAGUCCUGGGAGAGCAGUAGCGGCCAGUAGCCCCCCCAGGGUGAGCGCGGCUUCCAAGCCUUCCAGGCCCAGCCGCCGCUGACUCCCCGCCAGCGCACCCAGGGCGCGGCAGGCCGCCGUAGGGGGCCUUCCAGGGAACGUAGAGACUCAGCCCCCUUCAGGCGGGAAGAGUGCUCUCCCAGGGCCGCGACAGCAGCCACAGCCCUGACCUCUUUGGCCAUCAGAAAACCCCAGGCAGAGCCUCACCCUGAGGCUGAGAAACGCGGGAGGAACUCAGAACAGAGGAACGCACCCUUCCCCCGGGGCCGCCUGCCCUGGCUCCUCCGCCGAGGACAGUGCGGACCGCCGACAGAGGCCCUCUACUCCCUCCAGAC